UUCCCAAAGUUCAAACCUCUCACAACUAAAAAAUACUCUCUGAGGCUGAAGCCAUGGCUUUUUCCUCCAGGGUAAUGAUCCCCUUGAAUAUCACCUUCAUCAUAUUCACCAUUACACUAAUCUUUUCACCUUCAGUUGUACUCUCCUCUUCUUCCACUCCCAAAAAAUUCAAGAAAAUCUAUGCCUUUGGUGAUUCCUACACAGACACAGGCAACACACACUCAGCCACUGGUCCUAGCUCUUUCAAUUACGUAUCCAAUCCUCCUUAUGGUAACACAUUUUUCCACCACCCUACCAACAGAUACUCUGACGGUCGAUUAGUCAUCGAUUUCGUCGCUGAGUCACUGUCGUUGCCGUUUUUACAGCCUCAUCUUAACCAAAAAGCGGAUAAAACUUAUGGUGUUAACUUUGCUGUAGCUGGUUCUACUGCUAUAAGGCAUAGAUUUUUUGUGAAGAAUAAUAUGACGUUGAAUGUGACUCCUCAAUCUCUUCAAACGCAGCUUAAGUGGUUUAAUAGUUUUUUGGAGAGUCAAGGUUGUGAAAAUUCUACAACAACGCCGAAGCAGUGUGAGGCUGUGUUUAGUGAUGCUCUGGUUUGGGUAGGUGAAAUUGGUGCUAAUGAUUAUGCGUAUAGCUUUGCAUCUACUGUUUCACCUAGAACUGUUCAACGGCUUGCUACCAGAAGUGUCACUGGUUUCUUACAGGCAUUACUGAACAAGGGAGCAAAAUACCUUCUUGUUCAGGGUCUUCCUCCAACAGGUUGCUUAACACUAUCCAUGUAUUUGGCACCUGAGACUGAUAGAGAUGAUAUGGGAUGUGUGGGAAAUGCAAACAAGCAAAGCAACAUCCACAACAGCAUCAUCCAAGCCAAAUUAGAUUCUUUCAGAAAACAAUUUCCACAAGCUGUCAUUGUUUAUGCAGACUACUGGAAUGCAUACAGCACAGUAGUGAGAGGUGCAAACAAGUAUGGUUUUAAGGAGGUGUUCAAAUGUUGUUGUGGAUCUGGUGGUGGAAAUUUAAACUUUGACGUGUUCAAUACUUGUGGUUCUCCUUCUUCAAGCUCUUGUCCGGACCCAUCUCAGUACAUUAAUUGGGACGGUGUUCAUCUCACUGAAGCCAUGUACAAGACCAUGGCUGGCUUGUUUCUUAAUGGGACAUACUGUAAACCCCCAUUUAGUUACUUGCUAGCAAAAUAGCAAUAGUUUUGAAACGAGUCAGUAAUUACCUUCCGAUUCAUAGUGAAUUAAUGAGCCCGUGCUUUAUAGAGUCUGUUUGAAGGAUUUUAUACAUAAAGUCUGAUGUCACU